UGCUACACUAUUUUCAGUGCGCCGCUGGCACAAGUGUGGGGUGCGAGCGAGCAUUUCAUUGUGUGUAGUGCGAUGCACGGCAAUUGUCACUGAUGAGAGCAAAAUUUGCUACCUAAUUACGCUACAUAGCUUAUGGAGAUGCAGGAAAAGGUGCCCAUGCCCAGUGCACCGCCAUCCUACGAAGCCAGCCUGCAGCAACAGCCCAACCAGCCUGUGCAGCCUUCCUCCGCGCAAGAGUUUGUGAUCAUCAGCGCGGUGCUGAACAGAACCCCGAUCAGGGUGACCUGUCCCAACUGCAUGGAAAACGUGGUGACCAUAACUGAGGAGAAGCCGCGCCUCCUCGCCCACAUCAUCUGCGGAGCUCUCGUGGUUUUUGGGUGUUGGUUUUGCUGCUGCUUGCCGUAUUGCUUUGACUCGCUCAGAAAGGUGGAGCAUACCUGCCCCAAUUGUGAUGCUUUGGUUGGAGUUUACAUCAGCGGCUUAUAAGACUAAUCUCUGCUGUACCAUUCCUUCAUCCUUGUGACUUACUUGUAAUUUUUAAAAUUUGCCAAUUAAAUUCCGACCUUCUUUUCAGAAAAAAAAACAAA